AUGUUCAGUUAUGUACCGAGUUCCGGGCUACAAGUGGACAAGUUCAAGUCCAAGCAGGCAUACCCUAGCUACCUACCUAGCAAGCCAGCAAAGCAAAAUUCGUUUAGCUUCCAUGUAAUCUCUCUCCAGAAUCCAACCAAGCUCGGCGAUGCCGAAGUCUCAAAGAAGGAUAGCUACGCUUCUGACAAGAAGACUUACAAGUUCAAAGUCCGAUAUUACUAUCCCCUGGUUGACAUGACUCUCGGCCACGGAAAUCCCGGUCAUUCGGCAGCGCCGGUACAGGGUGCCGGUCCCGGGCUAUGUUGUAUUGCGUCGUCGUAUUCUGCCCAGGCCGGCUGCCGGUUGGAUGAUUCCGGAUGGCCGGGUGGUCAGUGGGCGGCUGGGCUACUCAACAGGUGA